GAUACAGAGAUAUGAAAAUAAUACAAGACAAUUUGAAGUAGAGUUUUUGUAAAAACUAAACAGCAUUUGUAAUUGACAUUGAAAUCUUGGCUAUUAAAGUGUCUUAAGUACUAAUUAAUGUUUAUGUCGUUAGAAUUAAAUUUUGUGACACCCGUUACAGUUAUCAUUAAAAAAUAAGUCAUGCGACAAAGUGUCCGAACAGAUAAUUUAUAUCUUAAUUUUGUAUCGUUUAAUUCAAAUUCUUAAUACUUGAUUAAUUAAGUUUAUGGGAAUGAUUAAUUAUCGCUUGAAAGUUCCUUGUUACUGUUUAUAGCGUAAUAUCUUUUUUUUUAAUAAUUAACGUAACGUUACCGAAUAUCACAAUUAUCCGAUUAAUAAUAUAUAUUUUGUGAUUUAACAGUAUUUGCGUGUAACGAUACAAAAUUUUUCAAUUAUUAAAUUAUAAUUCGGUAUAUAUAGUAAUAUUCUUAAAGUGAAUGCAUAAAAAAAAACAAUCGAUCAACGACAGCAUAACCUCACAUUGAAUGGGGACAAAAAUAAACGCGAAUAUCCAAAGAUGCAAAGGUGCACCCCGAGGAAGCUACACCUCGAAGAAGCCUUUCGCGUACUCGCUUAAUGGCUAAUCGAGUUAAGCAUCCCUCGUUCUGUACUCGUUGUCUCGUCAGCUUAAAAGUCAUCCAGAAACGUAGCGAUCGGCAAGAGGUUGGUUCGCGAGAGGAAAAAGUCCCAAAGUGAAGUAGAGCCCGAAAAUCCUUAAACCCCACGCGACGACGACAGCGAGAAAAAGUAAGGGAGGAACAAAGACGAAAAAAUAAAUAAAUCAGCAAUGGAAGUGCUAAUCGACUGUUACUUUGACAAAUUGUUCGCCGAAAUGGAACGCAGCAGUCUCUCGUCGAGGCACAAACGUCGCCAGCUCGUUAAAUACUUCUCAGACGUAAUAAACAGCUGCGCCCAAGCCGAAAAUCUCGAGAGGGAAGACGUGUGCGAGAGAAUCGUAUUGGCAGCACUGCGUUAUCACAACAUAACGCUGGUGGAAAACGGGUCGGUCUGUCUAUUAGGAAAGUUUCACAACGUUCUGUACGUAGCAGCGAAAUUGUGCUUCGACUGGAAAUUGAGAAACAAUGAAAUCGUAUCCGGAUUGCUGAACGAUAUGUUCUAUUGCGAGAAGACGUUCGAGAGGAUAUUCGUAGGUGCGAUAUUUGGUACAAGAGUGACGCACUUCCUGUCUGGAUGGAAGUGCGACUUUGACGACCGGGAUGAAAAUCUUCGUGCACUGGUAUACUUCAUGGACCAUGCAGCUGCAGGCAAAUUAGAAUAUCGCUGUCAGUCAACGAACAUAGUCAGACGUUUCAUCGACGUCCCAAUGGAGUCUUAUGGUCAAGUGGCACCACUGAGGGUAGCAAUUCAACAUGGCGCACCGGAUAUUCUUCUGAUAAUGCUGCGCUACGGUGCAUCCACGGAUGCUGACAAGCUAGCGCCAUCUCCUAUAGAGAUACUCUUAUCGAGAUUGACCGAGUACGAAAACACCGCGGGUGGUAACACAGCGUCUCAUCUCUAUCCGGAACACUUAUUGAUCUGUUUGAAACUUUUGCUGCGCACUGUACCAACCGUUAUGGUCAAAACACCAGAUCACGUGGCCGAUCAGAGUGGAGUCUACCGUCUUCCGCUAUACGAACAGUACCCAACGCUCGUGGAACAGAACCUGGUGCCACCUGAGAGGAGCGGUUUGGUACCCCCUGAACUUAGGCACUUGUGCCGCUGUCGAAUUCGCGAGAGUCUAUUUCAAAACUGGGCUCUACCUCACGGGAUCAAGAGCCUGCAGAUUCCGGAAUCCCUGAUGAGUUACUUGGACCUUUUACGGGACUGAUGAUCAAUCCUUCGGAUCCGUCCGAUUGAUCGUUGCACGAGACUGAAUAUUGUCUAGAGUCAUUUUAAUUAAAGUUUGAUUAAUUGAAA